GUGUGUGGAGCCUCCUGAGCCAGCUCAGCAUGGUGGAAUUCGCCCCCCUGUUGGUACCAUGGGAGCGCAGGCUACAGACCUUCGCGGUCCUUCAGUGGGUCUUCUCCUUCCUGGCCUUGGCCCAGCUCUGUAUCUUCAUCUUCAUCGGCCUCCUAUUCACGAGGUUCUGGCUCUUCUCAGUCCUAUAUGCCACCUGGUGGUACCUGGACUGGGACAGGCCGAGGCAGGGAGGCCGGCCCAUCCAAUUCUUCAGACGCAUGGCCAUAUGGAAGUACAUGAAGGAUUUCUUCCCUGUCUCUUUGGUCAAGACAGCUGAGCUGGACCCUUCCCGGAACUACAUCGCAGGCUUUCACCCCCAUGGAGUCCUGGCGGCCGGAGCCUUUCUUAACCUGUGCACUGAAAGCACAGGCUUUACCUCGCUCUUCCCAGGCAUUCGCUCCUAUCUGAUGAUGCUGACUGUGUGGUUCCGGGCCCCCAUCUUCCGAGAUUACAUCAUGUCUGGGGGGCUGGUCUCGUCAGAAAAGGUGAGUGCUGAUCACAUUCUGAGCAGAAAGGGCGGCGGGAACUUGCUAGCCAUCAUCGUUGGGGGCGCACAGGAAGCACUGGAUGCCAGGCCCGGAGCCUACAGGCUGCUGCUGAAGAAUCGCAAGGGCUUCAUCAGGCUCGCCCUGACACAUGGGGCAGCUCUUGUGCCGAUCUUCUCCUUUGGGGAGAACAACCUGUUUAACCAAGUUGAGAACACCCCUGGCACCUGGCUGCGCUGGAUCCAGAACUGGCUGCAGAAGAUCAUGGGCAUCUCCCUUCCGCUCUUCCAUGGCAGAGGUGUCUUCCAGUACAGCUUUGGCCUCGUGCCCUUCCGCCAGCCCAUCACCACCGUAGUGGGGAAGCCCAUCGAGGUGCAGAUGAUACCACAUCCCUCGGAGGAGGAGGUGAACCGGCUUCACCAGCUCUAUAUCAAGGAGCUAUGCAAGCUCUUUGAGGAGCACAAACUCAAGUUCAACGUCCCUGAGGACCAGCAUCUGGAGUUCUGCUAAGUGUCUCCAGCCGGAAGACAGCUGCAUCUGAGCGCCUGCAGGAGUGCUGGGAUGAGAGGGAUUUCCACAGCCACCAGGAACUCCUAGGAGCCCAGCCACAGCUGGCAAGAUGGAGGCAGUUCCUAACCCUGGGAUUCGUCCCUGCAGCCAAAGCUCUGAGCUCUCCCUGUCCUUGGUCUGCACAUCUGUAGAAUGGGGGGGAAAGCAGGCAGAGAGCAAUUCCUGAGGUCUCUCUCCACAGUUGUAAUGUCAUUCAAACAUGACCAAAGGACAGCCAUGGAGAAAGAGAACAAAAUUGUUCUUUACCUACCCUUGAGGGACAGUGCAAGAGGAGCCAGCACCCCAGGCCUCUCUGUACAUGCCCCCUGGAUGCCUCUUCUUACCCUCUGAGCUGGAGAGGGGAAGCCAUAUAUGCCCUGGCACCCACUCUAUGUUUCUUCCAGAUUCUGAGUCCUCUGAGCUAUGACAUGAAGGAGCCCAGAGACAGUUAAGGAGGACAGAGCUCACUGACUAUGACCGAGGUUAGAUCUCCUUCCCAUGUCCUGAGCCUCGGUUUCCUCAGCCUUAAUGACCUGGGAGCCACACCUCUCACAUCACAGAGGCUCCCCCAGGGAGCCUCUUACUCAUGCUUUCUAGUGAACUCUAGCCUCUGUCUUGGCACAAAAGGGCAGUGCUGUACAUGUUGCUUCAAUAAAUAAAAGGAGUCUGUCGUAA